AUGAACCGCUUAUCUCCUCCUCAUCCACGCCCAGACGAAGAGUCAGAAAAACGUCCGAAGCGACGCAAAGUCGCGGUCGCAUGCGAUGAAUGUCGCGCUCGGAAGGUCCGGUGCGACGGCAUCCAACCCGUCUGUGGGCCGUGUACGAAACGAUCGGAUGCGCGCUGUGUUUACACUGGUGAGCCGGAGAAACGCAGAGCCGUGCGCAACUACAUCGCUAGCUUGGAAAGUAAAAUCAGACAUCUAGAGAGCCCGGGUGGGCAGCAGGUAUCACGUUAUGCGCAGUCUACAUCGCCAUUCAAUUCACCUUCAGUCCAGUCAUCGGGACAACUCAGUCCAUCACAAACGCUUCCUCUCAACCGGUUCCAUGGCAGGAAUGGCUUCUCUGCAGGCGCUGCUGGAGGGCAGCCAGGCACUGCAGUUUGCCGUCGUUUGGAACGUCCUUUAGAUACUGAAGGACGACAUGAUGGCGUGAACGCGAUGAUGGGUUCUCUGGAGGAGCGCCAGACACAAGGAUUUUUUGGCAGCUCAAGUGCUACCAGUUUUAUGCGCCAGAUCAAAACAGCCGUGGAAAAGAGGGUGGACUCACCCAACCGCCGAACAUCCGAGUCCAUACUGGGAACUGCACCGCAAUCGAGUCUUCUGCCCAAGAGGACCGAAAGACCCUCGACCAUAUCCACCUAUGUGCUUCCCCCAAGAAAGACUGCCGAUAGCCUUAUGGACGUGUACUGGCGCUUUGUGUUUCCUCUCUAUCCGCUGGUAGAUAGCAUUCACUUGCGAGCGGAGUAUAUCAAGAUCUGGACGGGAGACCCGCUCGACUCUGACGAGAAUAUGCUCAUGUGCACAUUCAACGUAAUUUUUGCUUUGGCCUGUCAAUUGGCUGAUUUCAUUCCGCCGGACGAGCGCGAAGCCUCUGCAGAUGCUUUCUUCUCUCGCGCUAAAGACCUCCUACACUUCAACCUCUGGCACGGUGGCUCUGCUGCUCUGAUUCAAUGCCUUCUGCUGAUGGCUCAGUACCUUCAAAGUACCGACUCGGCACAUCAAUGCUGGAUUGUCACUGGGUUGGCGAUUCGGAACGCUCAAAGUCUGGGCCUGCACCUUCCACAGACCAUUGCCCGUCUACCGAGCUUCCAAGAACAGCAACUCGCACGGAAGGUCUGGCACGGAUGUGUUCUUAUGGACAGGGUUAUUUCGAUGACAUUCGGACGACCAGCUAUGAUCUCCAAGGCAUCUUGUGGCUCUGUUCCGUUGCCGGCCACAGUGGACGAGGAGUACAUUCCGGCAGCUCUGGCUGGUGAAGUGAGACAACCCGCGGACCGUCCUUCUGUCAUGGCUUUUUACGCAAAGUCUCUUGAGCUCUACGAGAUUUUGAACGAUAUUCUGCUCAGCCUCUACAAACCUGUUCCCGAAGAGAACCCUGAAGACAUCUACGAUUUCUACUUCAACAAAGGACCGGACGAAGGCGAACGUACGAUCUUCGAGCUCGAUCGAGCUCUCACCAAAUGGACUCAAAGUCUACCGCCCCAUCUCCGAGGAGAUACAUCCCCCAAGCCUGAGGACGCAGUUUUCUACCACCAGAGUGUGGUUUUGAGAGCUCGAUUUCUACAUGUCCGGAUGCUUCUUUUCAGACCGAUUUUGUCCAAGUACUGUACUGCUCGCGAGAUCACACCCAACGAUCCGCUUAUCUCAGUGAAUGAUUCAUUUCCUCAGCGAGUUGCGCAGCAGUGCUCCGUCAUCUGUGUCAAGGUCGCACAAGACGUCAUUGAAUUAAUCCACAGCAACAUCCCUGCCGACGGCUCUGCCGGUCCACUUCCAGCCUGGUGGUACAAUAUUCUUUAUGUCUACACGGCAGCGACGGUCCUGAUCGCCGGGCGCCUCCGAUCCGCUAUCCUCGAAGAAGUAACAGAAACAGCGAUAACCAGAUCCUGGAAUUGCGCCCUUGAAAUAUUGAGAAGCUACUAUAGCUACAGCUCAUCCGCUCGACGGUGCGUCGCAGCAUUGGAGAUCCUCUACGAAAGGGUUGUGUCCGCAGGACCGCCACAGAAUGAGCCGCCAACCCAUGCUCAAGCCAACACUUCCAACACCAUGAACGACAUGGCCCUUGGCGAAGGCAUGAAUGCAAUCUUGCUGGAUGGCUUCGAUAUACCUGAUUUUCAGGAUAUGUCGUGGCUGAACAGCGUGCCGAGCAAUCUUUAUUGA